AUGAAUCAACUGCACCGACCAGAGUACUGCAAAGGCUAUUCGGAAGAUGUCGAUGCUAUUCGAGAGCGCGAAUAUCCUCAUCUCAAAGAUACCACAUAUCUGGACCAUGCAGGAACUACUUUGUACGCCAAGUCUCUGAUCGAGUUCUUCUCGCAGGACCUUACCUCCAACCUGUUUGGGAACCCCCAUUCCAUGUCCUCGUCAUCCCAGCUGUCCACGCAGAGGAUAGACGAUGUUCGCCUAAAGGCACUCCGAUUCUUUAAUGCUGAUCCCGAGGAGUUCGAUCUCGUGUUCGUUGCAAAUGCUACUGCCGCGAUCAAGUUGGUUGUUGAUUCGUUUCGGGACGCCACGCCAAAGGGAUUCUGGUAUGGGUACCACGUUGAUUCCCACACUAGCCUGGUUGGGGCACGGGAAGUGGCAGACCUGGGGAGUAAAUGCUUCAGGUCCGAUGACGAAGUCGAUUCAUGGAUAUCGGACAUGGACGCUAGUUCAGAAGACGGGCCGAAGUUGUUUGCGUUUCCUGCGCAGUCGAACAUGAACGGUCGUCGCUUCCCUUCUCGCUGGUGCGGGCAAAUCCGAAAUACAUAUGGUCAUACUGGCGAUGUGUAUUCGCUUCUGGAUGCAGCAUCUCUGGUCUCCACCUCGCCACUGGAUUUGAGCGAUGCCUCAGCCGCGCCAGACUUCACGGUCCUCAGCUUCUACAAGAUCUUCGGAUUCCCUGAUCUUGGUGCCUUGAUUGUUCGAAAAAGCGCGGGCCACAUUUUCGACAAACGAAGGUUUUUUGGCGGUGGAACGGUAGAUUUGGUCUUGACCCAGGGUAUGCAAUGGCAUGCAAAAAAGAACUCGAUCCAUGAACGAUUGGAGGAUGGAACGCUUCCAUUUCACAGCAUCAUUGCACUUGAUUCCGCCUUUGAUACUCAUACUCGCCUCUUUGGUUCGAUGGAGAAUAUCUCUUCCCAUACGAGGUUUCUGGCCAAGACGUUGUACGAACGACUAAAAGCUCUGACGCAUUUCAACGGGGCGAAAGUGUUCGAGUUCUAUAUGAACACAGAUGUGGACUUUGAAGAUGCGUCGUCGCAAGGUCCGAUUCUUGCGUUCAAUCUACGCAGUAGCCAAGGCGCUUGGAUUGGGAAAUCCGAGGUCGAAAGACUUGCAAGCGUCAAGAAAAUCCAGAUCAGGUCGGGUACUUUAUGCAAUCCAGGGGGUGCAGCAGGUAGUCUUGGAUGGACUGGGCCCGAUAUGAUUCGCCAUUAUUCCAAUGGACUGCGAUGUGGAGAUGACAACGACCUGAUGGAUGGGCGUCCGACUGGGAUUUUGAGGGCCAGUAUCGGUGCGAUGACCAAUCUCAAGGAUAUUGAGAAUUUUGUGGGGUUCGUGGAGGAGUUUUAUGUGGAACGAUCGCCCAAUACGUGCUCGUUGCUACCCGCAAUCGACGCUACAAUAUCUCAGUCGCCUGGAUUCUAUAUCGAGAGCCUCUCAGUUUACCCCAUCAAGAGCUGCGGAGCUUUCAAAGUUCCUGAUGGCCAGGGAUGGGAGAUUACACAGGAGGGGUUGGCUUGGGAUCGUGAAUGGUGUUUGAUCCACCAGGGUACCGGAACCGCUCUCAACCAGAAGAGGUACCCUAAAAUGGCGCUCAUCCAACCGUUUGUUGAUCUUGCAAGAGGUGUUCUGAGAAUCUCGUGUGGGAGAGGAACAGAAAAAUCCUCUUUAGAAAUUCCACUUGGUCGUGGAGGUACCAAUUUGGUUAGAACUUCGCUAUGUCAGAAUGCAGCCAAGUCUUCUACAGUGUGUGGAGACCAGGUCACCGUCCAAGCUUAUACAUCUCCAACCGUCUCCUCUUUCUUCUCAGGCUUCCUAGGCGUUCCGUGCUCACUUGCCCGAUUUCCGCCUCAGACAUCGACGAGGUAUGCUGCUUCUAAGGUGCAAACACCGCAAUACAAGGACGAAUCGACUAUGCCGGGGUCAUUUCCACAAGACAUACCGACGCCAGUUCCUGGACAGAAUCGGAUCUUAUUAUCUAACGAAAGCCCUAUCCUAUUCAUCUCCCGUUCUUCUGUCAAUCGACUCAACGAAACGAUAAAAUCCAAACCCAAGCCCAAGAACAGCAACCAGCCUAGCAAUGCUAGCUCUAACAAAGCGGUGGCCGCCGAUGUCUUCCGCGCCAACAUUGUGGUUGCUGAGAAUCUCUCCCAGCGAGCCAAUGCCGAACGACCUUACAUCGAAGACCAAUGGGAGUCGUUCAGCAUUGGAUCCGAAAACGUUCAAUUUGAUGUUCUGGGGUCUUGUCAACGAUGCCAGAUGGUCUGUAUUGACCAGUACUCCGGUAUACGAGGAGACGAACCUUUCUCGACCUUGGCGAAAACGAGGAAGAUCAAUAAUAAGAUCAAUUUUGGGAGACAUGCAUCUCUUUCUAUGACGGGUGAUAGUUUCGAUGUCCCUGCAUCAAAAACCAUCAUGGUCGGCGAUAUUGUUUAUCCUUCAUACGAGCGUGACUGUUGA